AAGUAUGUAAGCAGUCACCGAAUACCACAGAAUAUAAAGAUGAAGACGGCAAUGAAUUUAUAAGCGCCAGAGUUGGAGGAAACAACUUCGGACCCAUCGAUUUCAAAGUUCUAAGCUUGACUGCUAGUACCGAGAAAGGAGAUGGUCGUAUAGAACACCGUACAAACGGCGAACUAGCCAGUGUUGGGUAUGCUAAUAUAGCGAGAGCAAGUGUUGGUGCUGACGGGAGAAUUGGAGGCUAUCAUGACGGCGAUGGGUUAGGAUUCAAGGCGGAGGCCAAAUACGCAGAAGCUGACAUAGGUCCAGUGAACGCUAAGCUUGGAAUCUCAGCAUCGACUGGCAUCGAUACGAAAGAUGGACUGAAAGCAGAAGUACUCGGAACAGGUUUCGACGCGAACUCAGAAAGAUUGGAACUCAAGGUGCUGGGAAGCUCGGUGGGAAUCACUUAUCCUUGGAAAUGGUUCGGAUAA